CGUGCGUGUGUGUGUGUGUGUGUGAACCCUUCCUUUAUAACCGUUUUACCACGCAGGCAUACAUUCAGACCAAGAAGGAGACAACAUGGCGCUGUACAUCUUCAACUGCGGGCUGCUGACACUUUGCUGGGCCGUCUUCUGUGUGGCAGUGCCGGGUUUCCCCAACUUUACAGAAGACGAAACGCUGAGGCCCACAGAGAAGACAGGAGAUGCCUCAAAGAUGACCCCACCUCACUCCACAGUUUCCCAUCUGGUUCCUCAGACCGCAGAGUGUUUUCUGGAAGAUACAUUGGCUGCCAUGGGAGAGGCUUCGGAGAACGACAGCGAACUGACACAGGAAGGUUUGACUCUGUUCGGAAUCUGUGCAGCAUCUCAUGGAAAUGUCUCAGUGCUGGUGGAUCUGGUGAUGAAAGCCAAGAGGAAGCACAGAGACGGACUGGAGGUGAUGCAUCCUACGGAAGUGUUUUUGAUCGAGGAGGAGAAUAAGGAAGCCCUCACCCUCAUUUUUGGCCUCCCUCAAUCCCCUUUGCUCCAACGUACUCCAGUGCUCCUUUUGGCCUUUGAGAGUCCCUUCAGUGGAGGCGCCCUGGACCAGAUCACCUUCAGCAGUCAGUCCUUGCAGCCCAACACACAGGCAAUCUGCGUCUCAGAAGGAACACAUUACAUUCUGCUGACAGGACAAGCAUCAGUGGAACACCAAAGAUGGAUUCUCUCUGUUGGCACUAAAUCACCUGACAUGAAGGAAAGAAUAAAAGCACUUCUAAGUGGUGGAACCAUAGGAAGAAGUGGCGUGACUCCAGUUCUUCUAUUCCCUAGUGAAGAAAAAAGUGACAGCAGCUCAUCCCAACCGCUCCACUUUCUGUGCGAGCUAAGGAGGUUCCUGAGUGACGUCUUUCCCCGGCAGAACCGUCCGCUCUCGUCCCCGCUAAAGCUGGACUCCUUGCAGGCUCUGCCCUCUGUGGCUCUGGGCUUGUCCUCCAGCGAGUCCCUACUGGCGGAGCUGAUGAACUCCUCCGCUCCCACCAUCUUCUCCUUUACCGGCUCCAUGUUCAAGGUCCGCCGAGGAGAGCUGGCCAUGUCCCCUGGGCUGCUGGAGGAGCUCAAGAAGGGUUUGGAGCACAACGUGAUGCAAGUCAUGCAAGUUCUAAGAGAUAAGGAAGGAGGUCAGAAGAGCAUCAAGAGGCUGGAGAGACUCGCGGAACUCUGUGCUUUUUCCAAUGCGGACCUGCCGUCAGGAGAAAGCCAGUACUGCGCCUUCCUCUUGCUGAAGGCCCUGAAGACAGUGGGCCGGGAGAUAUUGCCACAACCGAGGGCCACCAGAUCUAGUGGCCUCGGGCCCGUGUGCAGCCUGAGGAGCCUCACCGUGGCCCUGGAUAGGUACGUGGUCUCGCCAGACACCGCCGACAUCAACAACUGUCACGGCUUGUGCAAGGUGCCUAUGGUCAAAACCACAAACCAUGCCGUGCUGGUCAUCAAGCACAUCGAGAGCGGGAACGUGCACGAGCGGGCGCCAUGCUGUGUGCCCGUGGCCUACCAGUCCCUGGAUAUGUUGGACCACAACGAGGACGGGACGUUUCUCGUCGUCCACCCUGAUGUGGUGGCGAAGGAGUGUGGAUGUCACUAAGAGCUGAGGUUUCCAAUGUACGCUCAUCGGUCUAGGUACACUAUAUCUACUUAGAGCUAGUGUGCGAGUGGGCAGGUGUUUGGCUAAGAAUGGUUUCUUUUGUUUACAUGUAUUUAUUCACAAAGUAUUAAUUAUUUGGUGCAGAUAGGAAUAUUUAAAAAUGUCCUUCAUAUAUUCUUCACUAAUCAUAAUUCCCACUACUUACAUAAUAACAUAGGAUCUGUGUUUCGCAUGCAUUCAGCUAUAACAUUUAUAGGGACGCUACAAAUGUAUUUGGUGCUACCUGUAUAGUGGGGCUAUUCAACUACAUAAUGAAGAGGGCCGCAGUUUCAAAAACCCAAGGGCUUAGGGGCCGGACAUCGAAAUUUCUUCAGAAAGUUCCUCCGCAGGUUAUAUUUCCUUGAAACUGCAAUUUAAUAGCAAAGUAAACACAUCGGCUGCACUGUCGAUAUAUUUUUUAAUCCGCCCUCUCUAUUCGUUUCCAGCGUGUGCAGCUAGACAGAUAGUUAACAGCAUGAAAAAACAGAAUCUCUUUGUUGAGGAUUGAUUUGUGCAAUUUAUUUAAAAAUUUUCAGGGUCGAUUUUACCAUAUUUCUGCCUCAACAAUCAAUAUUUAGUGUUUUUGAUGUAUUUUUAAGUGCAUAAUUUAAAACAACAACAUAAAGGUUUUGAAUAGUAAGAAAACGCUGUAAUCGUUUUUCAUUAGGUGUGUGGGGGCCCUUGUAAAUCUUGGAGCCUGCUGCAGUCGCCUGUGUUUGCCUGAAUGGUACAGUGCACCCGGAAAGUAUUCACAGCGCUUGACUUUUUCCACAUUUUGUUAUGAUACAGCCUUAUUCCAAAAUGGAGUAAAUACCCUAUAAUGAUUAUGUAUUUUGCAAAUGUAUUUGAAAAAAAAAAAAAUCACGUGUACAUAAGUAUUCACAACCUUCGCUCAUUACUUUGUUGAUGCACCUUUGGCAACAAUUACAGCCUCAAGUCUUUUUGUAUACGAUGCCACAAGCUUGCCACACCUAUCUUUGGGCAGUUUCGCCCAGUCCUCUUUGCAGCACCUCUCAAGCUCCAUCAGGUAUAAUCAGAAGCGUUAGUUUCCAUCCAGGAUGUCUCAGUACAUUGCUGCAUUCAUCUUUCCGUCUAUCCUGACUGGUCCCCCAGUUCCUGCCACUGAAAAACAUCCCAACAGCAUGAUGCUUCCACCACAAUGCUUCCUCCGAACAUGACGCCUGGCAUUCACGCCAGAGAGUUCAAUCUUUGUCUCAUCAGACAAAAGAAUUUAGUUUCUCAUGGUCUGAGAGUUUUUACUAAGUUUUUACUAAGAAAUGGCUUCCGUCUACCACAUGAAACUCCAAUCGAGCUCAUGUGAGCAUGGUACUAGAAGAACAUUUUGUUGUAAAUUACACAAAUUAUAUUUAUAUUGGGGUGAUCAGAGUCACCUACCUCUUCUAAAGUGUUACGUAUUAUUGUAGCGACUAUCUUUUCGAACGUUUGCCGCACAUCUAUCUUCUUCUUCACUUUCUUCCUGACGCAACCAUUUCUUUUUUUUAAUUUCCGCCUGCGUCCAGUUCUCUGAGACACGGCAAUGUUUGGCUGACAAUGGCUCUGUCAUUUGCUGGAAACAGGAGAAAGAACCACGUCCUACUCAGACCAUGCCAGGUCAAGCACAUGGCUACUUUUAAUAUAAUUUGCAUAUGUAUAAAGGGGCGUGGUUUGGGCCUGUCAACCCACACACACGUGGCAGAUUCCAAGUACCGUAUUUUUCGGAGUAUAAGUCGCUCCGGAGUAUAAGUCGCACCGGCCGAAAAUGCAUAAUAAAGAAGGAAAAAAACAUAUAAGUCGCACUGGAGUAUAAGUCGCAUUUUUGGGGGAAAUUUAUUUGAUAAAACUCAACACCAAGAAUAGACAUUUGAAAGGCAAUUUAAAAUAAAUAAAGAAUAGUGAACAACAGGCUGAAUAAGUGUACGUUAUAUGAGGCAUAAAUAACCAACUGAGAACGUGCCUGGUAUGUUAACGUAACAUAUUAUGGUAAGAGUCAUUCAAAUAACUAUAACAUAUAGAACAUGCUAUACGUUUACCAAACAAUCUGUCACUCCUAAUCGCUAAAUCCCAUGAAAUCAUAUACGUCUUGUCUCUUACGUGAAUGAGCUAAAUAAUAUUAUUUGAUAUUUUACGGUAAUGUGUUAAUAAUUUCACACAUAAGUCGCUCCUGAGUAUAAGUCGCACCCCCGGCCAAACUAUGAAAAAAACUGCGACUUAUAGUCCGAAAAAUACGGUAGAUUGCGAUGUAACAAAGAAACGUGCUUGGAUUUGUGCGUGCGAACACUUUAAUACAUCUGAAUUUUUACUUGCGCACUCCAUUUUCUGGAUUUGAUCUUACGUUCGUAUUUUGUAGGAAAGCCACGCAACUGUUUUUACAUGAGGGCCCUGGUCCGCCAGAGAAUAAGAAGACUAAGCAGGAGGACUCUUUGUUGCCAACUCAAUGACUUUGUGGUAGAGAUGUUUGAUAAUGGCUUUUUUGCCGAUAUCCGAUAUUCCGAUAUUGUCCAACUCUUAUUUACCGAUUCCGAUAUCAACCGAUACCGAUAUAUACAGUCGUGGAAUUAACACAUUAUUAUGCCUAAUUUUGUUGUGAUGCCCCGCUGGAUGCAUUAAACAAUGUAACAAGGUUUUCCAAAAUAAAUCAACUCAAGUUUUGGAAAAAAAUGCCAACAUGGCACUGCCAUAUUUAUUAUUGAAGUCACAAGGUGCAUUAUUUUUUUUUAACAUGCCUCAAAACAGCAGCUUGGAAUUUGGGACAUACUCUCCCUGAGAGAGCAUGAGGAGG